GCUUCCAUUUCCAGGGCUAUGCCUAAUAGGUGGAACAAAGGAUGUAGAGCUGAAGCUUCCGGAGGAUCCCGAUAGAGGAAGAACCGAGGCAAACUGGGGAACUCCGAAACAGGUGGGACUCGUAUUGCCUCUCGGCCGCCUUGCGUAAUGAACGUCUGAGGCUAGGAGGAGGGGCUUCAUCUUGCAGCGGCUGUACUUCUGCAACAAGAGAGUGAAGCCGGAUCGUCUUGGAUAUACGCUGUCGAUAUGCUGUUAGCCGUGUGGGGCUUCUUGAAGCGCCACAAAAAGAAAUGCUUCUUCUUGGGAGCUUUCCUGGGCGGAGUUUAUGUACUUGGAAAAUAUGGGCAGAGAAAAAUGAAAGAAAUUCAAGAAAGAGAAGCAGCAGAAUAUAUAGCACAAGCACGAAGGCAGUAUCAUUUUGAAAGUAACCAAAGGACUUGCAACAUGACAGUACUUUCAAUGCUUCCAACUCUGAGGGAUGCUUUGAUGUAUCAACUGAAUUCUGAGAGCCUCACUUCUCUGCUGAAAAAUAAACCAUCCAACAAGUUAGAAAUAUGGGAAGAUUUGAAAAUUAUAAGUUUUACAAGAAGCAUUGUAGCUGUGUAUAGCACAUGUAUGCUUGUAGUUCUUCUUCGUGUCCAGCUAAACAUCAUUGGUGGAUAUAUCUACUUGGAUAAUGCAGCAGUUUGCAAAAAUGGCACAACACUUCUAGCUCCUCCUGAAGUCCAACAGCAAUAUUUAUCAAGUAUUCAGCACCUUCUCGGAGAUGGUCUGAUUGAAUUAAUUUCUGUGGUUAAAAAAGCUGUGCAGAAAAUAUUUGGAAGUAUGUCUCUGAAACACACUCUUUCUCUCUUGGAUUUGGACCAGAAGCUGAGAGAGAUUAGAACAGUAACAGAACAGUCCACAGAGGGUACCAAGUCUGAAGGAAGUGGAUCUCAGUCUCUGCUUUGUCGUUACAUGAUGCCAGAUGAGGAAAACCCUUUAGCUACCCAGGCUUGUGGUCUUACAGAAAAAGAUACUGCUACUAUUAAACUGCUUAAUGAAACAAGAGAUAUGUUGGAAAGUCCAGAUUUUAACAGAGUUCUGAGCUCAUGCUUAAAUAGAGGAUUCAGUCGAUUAUUGGACAAUAUGGCAGAAUUCUUCAGACCCACUGAACAGGACAUAGGUGACAGUGGCACUGUGAACAGUCUUUCUAGUGUCAGUCUUCCAUUAGCCAAGAUAAUUCCAAUAAUAAAUGGGCAGAUCCAUUCAGUCUGCAGUGAAACACCUAGUCAUUUUAUUCAGGAUUUGUUAACAAUGGAACAAGUGAAAGACUUUGCUGCUAAUGUGUAUGAAGCCUUCAGUACUCAUCAGCAACUAGAGAAAUGAACUGUAAAACAAGAGGAAUACAUGAUAUAUUCUCAGUGUCUGCUCCACAUGAAAGCGUCAUUUAAUAAGGAAUUUUGUGAAUGUAACAAUGGUGCAGGAUCAAAGACCACAAGACAACAUACAAAAAUUCAACUUUUAGUUUUUUUAUUUGAACAGAUUUCAAAUCCUGAUUUAAAGUAGUGGAGAAAAAAAACACUGUGCUGUAUAAGCCUUUGUACUGAGGCAGUCUUAGUUAUGAAUGACUUGUUUACACAAAAAAGCCCCCAACUCAGUGCAAUCAUACAAUCUGACAGAUAUACCUCUGUUCUUUAAAUUGUGCAGGCUAUAACAAUAAUAGAAGCCAGAACUUACUGUUUUAUUUAAUAGAAUGCAAUUGGGAGAAGAUUUCCCCCCCAAUCAUAUCCUUAACACAGUGAGAUCAUUCAGCUUGAAGGGAAAGUUUUCUAUUCAUGGAUUUCCAGAGGCAGAGAACAUAGCUGAAUAGUAAGGAAGGGGGGAGAGAAAUAAGGGGAUAACAGCAACCUGCCUACAUAUUCUGCCUCUCUUUUCAAUGGCAGAUGAAUGCUUCUAGGUGAAGCAUCUUUCAGCACCAAACAGCUGUUAAACAAGGCCACACUUUCCUGUGUCUCUUUCCCUCUUCCUGCAAGAGAAGGUCAUUACUGUGAUAAUCUCUGCUAGAAGGGCUACAGGAAGGGUCUUUGAGCUCCACUGACCUCCCUACUCAGUCUUAGAAUGAAACAUAGGAGAGAAGUUUAAGGUUCUUUAGCUUGGAGGUUAUGUAUAAGAGCAUCUGAUGAAGGCCUACUAAUCUCUAAGGGAUGUCAUGCUAAGUUCUUGUUCAAAUGUUUCAGACUUGAGAAUAGUUUGGUUUCAGAAAAUACUGUUUACGCUGCUGGCAAACAGCUACUGCUGUAUACAUUCAUUUGUAAAUAUUUUUAAUUUGUAUUAAUGGAAGCCCUAUUAAAUACUUUUGUCACAGUAAAGUAUUUUAACAAAGAUUAUGUGCAGUAACUGUCAAAAUACAGGAGAAUAUCCAUAAGUCAAUGUUGUUCGUACAAUUUUGAUAAGGGGAAAAUAACCAGCUUUGCAUUUGGUUUUAAAAAGUUUUUUUAACAAAAAAAAUUAAAUCUAUUCAAUAUGUAACAGGAAACAGUCAAUAUAUUUUGUCAUCUUCUGUUUAUUAAUAUACCAUAGCAAAAGAAAUUAUAAUCUCCUUUUCAUA